GUCUACUCCUUUCGUUAUUCUUGGGUAUCACGAGUGACAUAAGCCCAACGCUGUGCUCCAGAGCGUUCUAAGUACUGCGUCGGCACUGCGGACUUUGUUCCAGAUUUUGAGUUGGCAAGACUUUUUGAGUGUAUUGCCAUCGCAAGCUAGCAUCAUCAAGCUAUUAGUGUGUGCCAUAAUGGAGCUUUGUAGUGAUCACACACCAUGAACAUAUUUGCCGUCGGCUCUGGGGAAGAGGGCUAGAUCUCGAAAGGUAUGGCAGUCAGUCAAGCCCAGUGGUAACGUUGGGCAUGGACAACCCAAAAAGCAUACUCACUCAAUCUAAAUCACCCUGGCGCAUCUUUCAUAUAUGAAGUCGUUGUCCCCUUUGUCUUUUUACUAUAAAUCAUCACACCCUCAUCAAAAGCACACAGAACGUCUCUCAGCCUCAUACUUCUUACCACUAUCUUGGAUCUUGUACCCUUAUUCUCUAAUUGCAUUGGAUUAUUGAAGCACUAUAUCUGUUGCUAGGCACAGAGUUCUUCAAAUCAAGAUCCAUAGACAAUCACAUAAUCCUCGAAACAUCUUGACCGGUAUACCAUGGACCAAUCUCAGGUCAAACAAGACUCCGCUCCAACAAUAGAUCUUGAGAAGAAUGCAAACGAGGGCUCCUUAGCCGGAGCCUUCGGUCCAGAGAAAGAGAAAACAGUCAUUGUCUCUGUUACUCCACUCCCUGAUCCACUGAUAGAUGAAUCUGAUUCGGAUUCUGAAGAUGAUUAUAAGUACCCUGAGGGCGGAUUGCAAGCUUGGCUAGUUGUCUUUGGGUCAUGGUGUGGCAUGUUCUGCAGUUUCGGCAUUGCAAAUUCCACAGGCUCAUUUCAAGCUUACUUAGCUACGAACCAGUUGGCAUCUUAUUCUGAUUCGCAAAUUGGAUGGAUCUUCUCAUUGUACUCAUUCAUUUUGUUCGUUGGCGGUAUUUACAUUGGACCUGCAUUCGACGUCUAUGGGCCAAGAUAUUUGGUUCUGCCAGGAAGCAUUCUACUUGUUCUCUCAAUCUUCCUCUUUGGGGAGUGUACUGAGUACUGGCAUUGGAUCGCUGUAUUCAGUAUACUCGGUGGUUUUGCAAGUUCGCUGACCUUUACUCCAUCAGUCGCAGUAAUUGGCCACUGGUUCAAUAAAAAACGUGGAAAUGCGACUGGAAUUGCAGCCACUGGUGGUGCUGUCGGUGGCAUUGUUUUUCCACUUCUCUUGGAAAAUCUUAUUCCAAAGAUUGGUUUCUCAUGGACAAUGCGUGUAAUGGGUUUCAUCUUCGUUUUCAUCACCACUCUGGCCAACCUCCUCAUUAAGCCUCGUCUUCCACGUUCUCGAACCGCUCAAAGCCCUCAUCCAGAUAUCAAAAUAUUCAAGAAGCCAGAUUUCGCCUUCACAGUAUUGGGUGUAUACCUCCUUGAAUGGGGAUUUUUUAUCCCAGUCACCUAUAUCACAUCUUACGCUCUCUAUCAAGGAUUUGAUGCAGGUAUUUCCUAUCAAUCUCUGUCCAUACUAUCUGCUGCAUCUGUUGUCGGCCGUUUCCUCCCAGGCUUGGUAGCCGAUAUCAUUGGCCGUUUCAACACUAUUAUUAUGGCACUCUCUCUUACCGUGUUUGCCUGCUUUGUAGUCUGGCUCCCUUUCGGAAACACUUACGCGGGUUUAAUUUGCACCGCCAUAAUACUUGGUUUUGCAUGCGGUAGCAAUGUCGGUUUAACCCCAGUUUGCGUAGGCCAACUGUGCGACACCAAGGAUUAUGGCAGAUAUUACGCAACUUGUUAUUCAGUUGUCAGUAUUGGAUGUUUGACCGGUGUUCCAAUCGCUGGCGCUCUAAUUGAGGCUUGCGGAGGCUCUUACUGGGGCUUGAUCUUGUUUACUGGUCUGUGCUAUGCUUCUAGCGCAGUUGCAAUGGCGUGUGCAAGAGGUUAUGGUGGUGGAUGGAAAUUGAAUGUUAAAUUCUAGAGAUGAGGCCGACUACUGGAUACCGAGUGCACAGGCUUGGGAUGAAAAUCUUUAUGAGUAACGCCUAAUGAGUUAUGACCAAAAAUGAAUUUAAGAGCGCAUGUUUAUAGCGGGUUUUGUUUGGGAGUGGCGUUUUUACUUAGAGGUUAUGGUAUCUAAAAUGGGCUUGGCUACUACUUAUAAUGUAUAUAAUAUUGACGAAUCUAUGUCAAAAUCGUAUUUUCUGGUA